UUUUAUAUUAUGAGUGGGAGAAUUCAAACCAGAAUUCCCCAUCACUUGAGGGUUCCCCCCACACAGAAAACUCUGUAUAAAGACAAGGAGCCUUGUCAUUGAACGACACAGUAGCAAGUUAAACUUGAGUGUUUCACCUUAUCCAACAGACUUCAUCCAGUACAACAGAACGACCAGAAUGACUGCUUCUCGCCUUGUCGUUUUCUCCGCAAUGGUGGUGCUUCUGGGCGCUAUUACACUCAGUGAAGGUAUGCGUAUGGGACCAACGAAAUGCUGUUUCACUUUUUCGGACCGUGCACUGCCAAUCAAACAACUGAGCGCCUACAGCAUGACAAGCCAGCAGUGCCCAAAAGAAGCUGUGAUGUUUAAGACUAUAAAGGGACGUCUGGUGUGUGCCAAACCCACAGACCCAUGGGUACAGGAUCGCAUGAAGGUCCUUGACGCAAGGGGCUUAGGGGGCCAGGGGACCUUGUAAGCACGGUGACCUGCAUCUUUCAACGGCAUCACUGUUUGGAAGCACAAGAACAAGUGUAAUGUAAUGUUUGCACUCGCCGACAAAUGUAUUGUCACUAAUUAUUCAGCAUAUUAAAGCUAUGGGUUCAACAAACCACCAAAAAUGGUACCUUAGAAAAACUGUUUUUCUGUUGUUUGAAUUAUUUACCUUUUGACUUAACUGUCAUGUGUCUAACUAAUGUAUUUCUGAAGAGUGUAGUGCUGAAAGAUACUGUAUUUCAGUUUUAUAUAAACUGAGCUAGUGCAAAUAAAAAAAACGAUUAUAGAAAAGAUGAUCUAUAAAUUUCUUCUAUUAUCUUUUUCCAUGUUGUGUCAUUAAAGAACAUGGCAAUAUAAAGUUUGCCAUAUUUUGUGUAUUAUGUAACGGAUGUUUUCUUUUUGUGCUACAAACUUAACCACAAUAAAAACUAG